GGCCUUCCUGAGUACUUGCUUACUUGGGAGACAGUGGCUCUUGUUUCCAUUCCUUAAGCUAAAGCCAAUAAGAAGCUGAGCCUACUUUUUCUUGUUUAGCUUCUCCAGACAGGAUAGAAAGAAAUAAGGGAACCAUUUUCCCCCUAAUUCUGAGAUAGCUAUCUGUGUGGCCCAGUGUGAUAGCAAAUUCCUAUUCCAGUCAACGGAGGGCCCCAUCCUAACAUGGCCUUGUGUUGAGAGUGCCAGCUCUAAAGGAUCCACGCUGCCCUGCAGGGCACGAUACCGAAAACCUGACUGGGAUGUUGCAGAAAUGAAGAAAUAACAGAUGCACAUACAGAAAAGCUGGGGCAUGUGAGUUAUGAUGGAGAUGCACCAGUGUGUUUAUUGCUCACAACAUGGGAAGAGUUAGCUACUCUCAGUCAGGGCUCGGUAAGGGGCAGUCUCUGCGUCCUGAAGGAAGUAGCUGGGGGCCACGCCUUCUGUGUGCUCUGUCAACAUUCCCACAGGCACCAGAGGAAGACUGCCAAUCCCCUUGGGUCUGAGGCACUGAGGUCCUUUUCGAUAAUACACAUUCACUCAGGACUUCAUCUGCACCUUCUGCAUUCAUUCAGGGUUUCCUCCACUCCCCUAGAAUAUACAGAAGGUGACAGCUGACAUUAUUGGACUUAUAAGGUCAGAGUUGAAGGGAUUAGUGCCUCUAUGAAACUGGGAGUCUUCUGGAUUACCUAACCCCUAAGGACCAUAAGGCAGGAGGCAGGCUGGGGAGGAAGAUAGGUCAUUCCCAUCACUCUGGAGGUAGCAUCUGGAAGAUGCCAGGGAUAGGCAAAUCAGAAAGGAACCAAUUUGUCUGAGUGACAAUAGCUUAGGAAACAUCUGGUUUGGGGCUUUUUGUUUUUUGAGACAGGGUUUCUCGGUGUAGCCCUAGUUGUCCUGGAACUUGCUCUGUAGACCAGACUGACCUCAAAUUUAGAGCUUGGCCUACCUCAGCCUCCCGAGUACUGGGAUUAAAUACAUGUGCCACCCCACCAACCAGUUAACACCAUUUUAAUACAUGUGACAUUUAGUCCUCCUGAAGGCCCAGGGAAGCCACCGUCCUUGUUGCCGUUGUACCCAUGAGAGAUUGUAUUACUCAUCUAAAGAUCCAUAUUUAGAAAAUAUGAGGCAGGACUUGGUGCAAAAGGGGGUCUUUAAAGCCGUAGCCUGGUUCUGGACUGGAAGGACAUGCCUAGAGUACCCCCGUAGCCCUGGACACUGAAAUGAGGCUAGGCACAGCUUGUGGGUAUUGUAGUUGAGUCUGAUAAUUUGCACAUUCUGCAUAAUGUACUAAGAUCCAGGCUUUCUGGGUUCCCCCAGUGGAGGUAAAUAUUUUAUAGCAGGUUUCCUGUGGGGGCAAAACUAAACCCUAGCUUAUAGUAUUUGCCAUUUUCCGUGGUGCAAAUGCUGCCCGUGUGGCCAUUUCAAGGUACCAACUUGAUGUCAGUGAGCAAGAAGUUGGGAAGAGGUGCAUAGUCAGCUUUAUGAUCUAGCCCUGCACUGACUCAGACCCAGUAACCUCGGCUCAGUCUGAAUUAUGGGCAUGCUAACUUCCUUGCCUCCUAUUUCCUUACUGUGAGGUAAGGGUAUAAUAAAGAGCAUCUCCUUCACAGGGUCACAGGGCUGUUGGGAGGUUACAGCUAAUGGGCACAGUGUCUGGACACAUGCCCAGUCUGCUAGUCCUUUAAGGACAUUAAUGACACAUUGACAGCCCUGACUAGAAAACACUUGAACUCUCCUAGAUUGUGACAGGGAGGAGAAAUCUCUCCAGCCCCUUAAAGUAGAGUUCAGACCAUCUGUGGUGGGGAUACCUCACCCUGACUGCUUAGACUAUACCGGAUCCUGGGGCCUCUCCAAGGGGAGCAGAGAUUAGAGCCCACUUAGUCCUUCUGUCACUCUGGCUCCGGGAAGACAAGAGGAACUGUGGGCUUGGGUGCUGGUCGCUCCACGUAGGGCAUAAGUCCAUUACUCCCAUCAACUCUUCAGCUCUCAGAGGCAGUUAAGAGAAAAAGCAGCAAGGGCUCUGAGUGAGGACUUCCAGGAAGUAGAUAGAGGUUGAGUGGAGUGGAGGGUGCAGACCGGCCAGGUGGGUUGCUUGGGGUCUCCUGAACUCUUUGGGACAUGGGCUGUUUGCCAGGCUGCCCUAAAGCCUUGCUCUCCUGCUCCAGUCCAGGGGCCCAGAGAUAAACAGAGAUGGAGAAAAGUGGGAUAGGUGUCCCUAAACGUUAAUCUUAGGAGCUUGGGUGGGGCAGGAUAGACGGGCCACCAGAAGAGGUUCUAGAAGGGCUUCAGUCUGUUCAUAACUGAAGACCAAGGACACUGGUUUGAGUCCAUGCAACAAGACUCUAGAGACCUUCCCACUCAAACCCUUACAGAACAUGAGGAUGCAGAGGCGACAAUGGAAGAUAAGGGGGUGUGCUGUCCAAUGCCUGAGCCAGUGGAACUGGGCUGGGGCCAAAGAACUUCCAUGCUUGAAAGAACAGUACUAACUGACCGGUGGCCAGCUGCAGACCCUGAGUGACAAGCACAGGACUUACCUGAGCCCCUUUUAGAAAAUCGUAUUCAUUUAUGUGUCUUCCUCAGGAACUCCGACUAAUAGUUUAAGACAGGCUCUCAGUGAACCUGGAACUCACUGAACUGGCUAGCUAGCCGCAGAAACCCUAGUCUUCCACCUUCUCGGUGCCAGUGUUACAGUCACUAGGCCCCGGCUCUGCGUGUGUGUUAUGUGUCUGGUUUUCUCCCCUUUUGAGACAGUGUCCCCCUACAUAGCCCUGGAUGCUCUACAACUCCAAGCUGGCCUCCAACUCACAGAGACCCACCUACCUCUGUCUCCCCAGUGCUGGGAUAAUAGGAUAAUAGGCACGUGCUGUCACUCCCAGUUGUUUUUGUUGUUUGUUUUUUUAAUCUGAGUGCUGGGGUGUGAACUCAGGGUUUCACACUCGAAGAGCAAGUAUGCCCACUGAACCAUUUCCCAAGCCCCUGAUUUCUUUGUUGUUUUUGUUUUGGAGGGUUUGGGGGGUUUGUUCAUUGUUUUUUCACUGUUGUUUUUUGUCCUGAUUUUCAGUAGGUCACAGGAUGACAGAGCGUGGCUUUAACUCUGUGCAUUUCUAGUUAUUUCUGUCCUGACCCAGCAGGCCUGAGACUGAAGCCUACAGUUAGCUUACUUAGUUACUUAGCCUACAGAUAGCUGUAGCUUGGGCUCUUUUCCUUGCAAAUGCCCCACUCAGACCCAGGGCUUGAGCAGAGGACAGACAGACAGACCAAUUUCAUCAAAUUGGGUCCUGUUAGCUGGACUCAGGGAUUGUGAGCAGAAAGCACGGGCCCCGGGGAUGGCAAGUCCAAGAGUUUUCCUGUGGGGAACUAGAACUCACUUUGAACGCUGUGCUCCUGGGCUCUUCCUCAGAAAUAGGAAGUGAUUAUUAGCGGAUGGGUGUGAGGCAAUCAAUCUCUGAAGCCCAGGCUGACUUCACCCUCUCUGACUUCACCCUCUCAUCUUCCUGCUCCUCCGGCCUCUCAGUGCUCAGAUUACGUGCACAGUGCUCAGAUUACGUGCACGUGCCUCUAGGCCAGCCCAGAUAAGUAGUAGCUCUGCUAGUUUUCAAGAGUGAAACAAGCCCUGAGGUUCAGCAAUUUCUGUUAGGCUCUGAAGCCUGGACAUUUCCCAGGCCUCGGGUCGUCCCUGCCUAAGGCGGGUACGGAGGGAGUGCACAAGUCUCUCUAAGCCAGAGGGGGUGGGAACCACCAUAGCUUUAAAGGGCGGUUCUCUGGGAGCUUCGGGGCACAGGGCGCAACUGCUCCAGCAGGGUCCCCCCCGGAAGCGCCAGCGGGUGCGCAUCCUCUCGGCUGGACCAGCGAAGCGGUUGCUGAGCCCCGCCGGAUUAAGGCACUGGGCCUGGAGACCCCCCUUCCCUCUUCCCCCGCUCCCCCCGCGUCGCUCCGGAGAUGGCGCUGCACGUGCGGUGACUGCGCCCAAGCCCUGAGGGUCCCAUUCCUGCGUCCCGCUUCUCUCCUCUCUCGGGGAAAGCAUGGAGCGCCCAGAGCUGGAGCUGAUCAGGCAGAGCUGGCGGGCGGUGAGCCACAGUCCUUUGGAACAUGGCACUGUCCUGUUCUCCAGGCUCUUCACCCUGGAACCGGACCUGCUGCCUCUCUUCCAGUACAACGGCCACCAGUUCUCCAGCCCCGAGGACUGUCUCUCUUCCCCAGAAUUCCUGGACCACAUUAGGAAGGUGAUGCUGGUGAUUGAUGCUGCAGUGACCAAUGUGGAGGACCUGUCUUCUCUGGAGGAGUACCUGGCCGGCUUGGGCAAGAAGCACCGGGCUGUGGGAGUGAGGCUCGGCUCCUUCUCGACAGUGGGUGAGUCCUUGCUCUACAUGCUGGAGAAGUGCCUGGGUCCUGACUUCACACCGGCCACAAAGGCUGCCUGGAGCCACCUCUACGGAGCUGUGGUGCAAGCCAUGAGCCGAGGCUUGGACAGGGAGUGAGAGAAGAGCCAGCGUCCUCACCUUCUUGUCUGUCUGUUGAUCUGUCGAUAGUAGCCUCAGCCCCUCCCCCAGGGCUUCCCUGCACCUUGGCCUCUGUCCCCUUGGCCAUCCUAGAGAGGUGAUGGGAGAGGACUCUGUCUCAGUUCCUGGUCAACUGCAGAGAGGUGGGGUUUUCCCUCCAGAGGGGCCUUCAGGCUCCCCUCCUCCCCAUAGGUGCACCCCUGCAUGCCUGGUUAGCUCUCCCCAUGAGACAAAAACAGUUUGGGUAGUAAAGUGGCAUGGGAGUUCUUCUCAGAGAAGCCUCAGCCACGGUGACGGUAAAGUGACUAGGCUUCUAGAACCUUCUACCCGUCUGCUCAGUCUCUCCGAUGCUUUCCUGCCAGGCUGUCCAGGCUGUUUACUUUCCAAAAAUGAAGAGAAGGACCAGCUUCAGUGUGGCUGGGGAUCUCAGGCAAGAGGAGCAGGGAAGAUGGUGUUCUUCCGUGGCAGUGGCCCCAGGUCUCAGCUGCUCAGAUGUCCCAUAUAAAACUUCCUGUGCCCUUGGUUCAGCGUUUCUGGUAGAAGCACCCCAGUGUUCCUUCUGGGGGCGGGGACCAAGCUGGCCAGACAGAACUGAGAGGCUAGUCGGGCAAGGAGGAGUGACCUCAUCCCACAUGGCCCUGAGCUGCAGGACUCUUCCUGCCACGCUAGUCCAGCAGGGCUGAAUCUUGUCUCCCCACCCUCUUCUGCUCUCUCUGCUUCCUCCAGCUGUGGGCGCCUAACUCUGUGUUUAACCCUUGAGGGGAAUGUGUGCCUGGGCAGGGAAGCAGGGGAGAAUACAGUGGGAAAGGCCUUUGUUCCUGUCCCCAGUCAUCCACACUUUCUUGCUCUAUGUCACGGUUCUGUAAGCUCACAAGAAAUAAACAUGUUCUGUGUGCUGACCCCCCAUGCCUGGUCUUUC